GCCGAGAUCAGUCCAACAACAACUACCGUUCAGGGAAGACUGUGGUACCGAGAGCGUUUUUUGGGGAUCACUGAGAGGCACGACGACGGAGCUCUUUUCCAGAUAAUAUAAGACCAGUCAGUUAUUCACUAAAUGCAAAAGUGAAUAAGGAAAAAUGGCUCGACUUAUGACAGUUUUCAGCGCAGUUUCACUGAUUCUCCAGCUCUUGCUGGGAUCUACUGCUCAAGUAUUUCCUGUGCCUAGAAUUGAAGACUCAGAGUUCUGGCACGCUCAAGCCGCUGAAGAAAUCCAAAAUGCCAUGGCUACUGCUACUUCAUACAACUGGGGUGUAGCAAAAAAUAUUGUUCUCUUUGUGGGAGAUGGAAUGGGCAUCACACCAUCAGUUGCAGGAAGAAUAUACAAAGGACAAAAAAGAUAUGGAAAUUCAGGAGAAGAAGAGUAUUUGAGCUGGGAAAAAUUUCCACAUAUGUCUCUUGUAAAAGUAUAUAAUGCAGAUAGACAGGUGCCUGAUAGUGCAGCAACUGCAACAGCAUACCUAAGUGGAACAAAAGGAAACUUUUACACAGUUGGGCUUGACAGCAGUGUUUCGAUGAACCAGUGCUUAAAAUCCCUUAAUCCUAAGGCAUGGCAAAAAUCUGUAUUAAGCUGGGCACAAGAUGAUGGUAAAGACACUGGCUUUAUUACAACUACUACUGUGACACAUGCAACACCAGCUGCCUUAUAUGCUCACAGCCCAAACCGAGAUUGGGAAUGUGAUUCCCGUCUAGGACCAGAGGGACAUGGUUGUAGAGAUAUAGCUCGGCAGCUAGUAGAAGAUUUACCAGGGAAAAACAUCAAGGUUAUAAUGGGUGGUGGACGGCUACCAAUGGGAGCUGUUUCAGGUAUUAAAGAUCCACAGACAUGCACAAGAAAAGAUAGCCGCAACCUGGCAAAGGAAUGGAUUUCAAGCAAAAUAGUUCAUGGGCGGAAGGUCAGCUAUGUACAAAAUGAACAAGAGCUCCUAAGUGUUGAUGCAACAAAAACUGAUUACUUACUAGGUUUAUUCGCAAAUGCUCAUAUGUCUUAUGAAACUGACCGUAAAAGAGGAAUGCAAGGAGAGCCCAGUUUGGCUAACAUGACUUCAACUGCUAUUAAAAUACUUUCCAAAAAUAAGCACAGAGGAUUCUUUCUGAUGGUUGAAGGUGGGAGAAUAGACCAUGCCCUGCACAAUACACAGCCUGCAAAAGCUCUUGAAGAUAUAUUAGCUUUUGAUGAUGCAGUUACUACAGCACUUUCCCUUGUAGAUCUCAAAGAAACGCUCUUCAUAGUAACAUCAGAUCACUCUCACGUGAUGACCAUAAAUGGAUAUCCAACAAGAGGGAAUAACAUUCUUGGUGUAGCUGACAUAUCAACAGUAGACCACCUUCCUUAUACUACACUAAUGUUCACUAAUGGACCUUCAUAUGAUCAUUACUGGAAUGGAACUCAUGUGACAAGACCUGAUAUUAGCAACGUGGAUACAUUACAUAAGGAGUAUACACCAAUUGUAGCUGUUCCGAACGCAUUAGAAUCUCACAGUGGGGAUGAUGUGGCUACAUAUGCUCAAGGUCCAAUGGCUCAUCUGUUUCACACACUACAUGAACAAACUUAUAUUGCUCAUGUAAUGGGAUUUGCUGCCUGUAUAGGCCCCUACAAGAUCAACUGUACUCGACCAGAAGUUCACCUUUCCCGAAUAUUAAGACGAUGAUCAAUUAUAAAGUAAUGCAAUCUGUUACCCUCACUACAUAUUGAGACAGAUGAGAACUCUACCUAAAACUUGUACUAUAAUAUCUGGAAUGUAGAAUAUAGUAUAAUUCUCUAUUGUUUCAGUAGGCAUCCUCCAAAACCUACUGGUGACAUGAGAAAUUGUAGAUAGCUAUAAACCAUUCAUGAACACCACAUGCAACAUGAUUUUUAUGUAAAUAAAUACAUACAGUAUAUGGCAUACACUAAUGUUAAACUGAUAAUUAUACAACUGAUAAAAAAACAUUUUACAUUCAUACAGUAGUAUACAGUAUGUUUCACUCUUUCUCUCUCUCUCUCUCUCUCUCUCUCUCUCUCUCUCUCUCUCUCUCUCUC